AUGGAUAGUCAUGAGAGCUUCGACGAGUACGACAUCAGAAGCGGUUUUGGGGGAGGAGAAGGGCUGGUAGGAUGUGAGGGCGUGCGAGGGACGGAUGAGUGCAUUUAUGCCGAAGAGAAUGAAGAUGGUUUCGAAGAUGUUGGGGAGGAAGCGGAGGGUUUUGCUGAGUGUUAUGGUGGUGGGGUGGUUUGUGUGGUUUCUUUGAUGUAUGUAUGGUUAGUGGGAGGUUCUGGAAGGAUUGAAAUUGUGACUCUACUUACCUCUACGGGUUUCGAUGCAGGUUGA